AUGUCGAGAGCUUAUUGGUACUACUGCAAUCUACCCGACGAGGCGUCACUCGUGGUUCCUAUUGUUCAAGCUCAUCAAAAUGCUGCUUGUAAUUAUGUCGAAGUCUUUGCUAGUACAUUUACAGCCGAAUUAACGCUGGAAACGGCAAUUGACGAUGACGAAUUGGCCGUCGCAAGAUCCGCGUAUGUAUUGGUGGCUGCUACGCUGGACUCGACAGGUGUCGACCUUAAGAAGGCUGAGACCAAAACAAAGGUAAAUUCGACAAAAACUGAGCGAAAAGUUGCCGCUCAAUCAUCAAUGGAUGCCACUGUGAAAUUAAUUCCUACUGAGACAGCGUUAGCGGCCGAAGAACUUGCGACUGAGGAAAAGCGCAGGGAUGAUAGCGCUUGUGUAUCUGAAGAAUCAAUUGCAGCUGGAAAUGCUGCAUCUGUGACCGUCAACAUUGUUGAAAAAAAACCGACUGUAGUCCAGGCCUUUGCUGAAGAUACUGCAACGGUCGAAAUUUCGGCUGGGGAUGCAGCGACUGAGACCAUAUUAAAGGUCGAAACUAUGGAGAAAACUCCUAAAGUUGUUGAAUUUGCGGGUAAAGAAGAAUACGAGUCAGUAAUGGCUCAAAACGGGGUUGACGAUGAAAAACUGAUCAAUUUUAAGCAGUUGACUGACGAGCCUAUAGCUGAACCAGUUGUGGCAGAGGAUGUGACGACGAUGAAAACAGUUGCUGCUCUAUCGACGUCAAGCGUCAGCUCUGAUAAGCUUGCGACCAGGCAUGUGACUGAUGAAGUGGUUCUUGAGUCAAAAAAGGUCAUGACAUUCGAAAAUUCGAUCCUCGAAGGUCAAGGCGAGCCUGUGGCAAUAGUCGAAACUGCAGAUAUUCAAGGAGAAGAACAAUCAACCCUAGCAAAGACCGUGCGUGAUGACGAGUCGGAGACGGAGACUCAGUCCGAGAAAUCGGAAAUGAAUGUGACAGAAGCAGUCGAGACUGAUGUCGUUGUUAGAGUUGUCGCUGAGCCUGACUCUGAAAUCGGUGAAACCAUGGUCAUCAAUCCCGUCGUUGCAGCAAAAGAAGAUGCUGCGCAAACGUCGUCGUUCGGGUUUAUACCCGAACAGCUUCGCAAGAAUAGCUACGCGGUCUCAUCAGUUGCUGUUGCAGUCACUACUGCAAUCGUUGCGACUUUAAUGGCACGCAGAUAA